AUGCUUCCUGCGGCGUUUUCUAGCCAUAUCAAACACCACCGGGAAAAAAGACCAAGUUCCUCCUGGGGGGUUGUACGAGCAGCUCGUACGAAGCGACUGGCCCAGGAAACUGCGGAGGAUUCGGUUCUAGCGCCUUCUCAGGUCGAGUCAGACAGCGGAUCUGUAAAGGAGAGGAGCGCUGCCACUUCUUGCCGUACCACACCUUCGGGUUCCAGUAUCCAGUGUGCCACCAGCUUAGAAGGGCACAGCACGGACGACGUCACUCAGCCAACGGGUGGUCGCACUCCUGCCGACCAAACGGACGUGCACAGAAGGUUUCCUUUCAAAGAGCACCUCUUCUCUCGCGUGACUUGUCCUAGAAAGAUGGAGAGGUCUGGACACUCACAGAGAACCCCUGAAGAGGUAGAGCUAGCGUUGGAGGUUUUGAAUGACGAGCUCGCUGAGGCGUCGCCUCUGGAUCGGCCUUCGCUUGAACUUGCCACUCAGGCGUUGACCGAACGCUUAGUAGAAAUGCGCAAGCAACAGAGGGAAGCAAAGAACCCUCCUGAAUCUGCGGAAGCAAACAAACAGAGCACGCACGAGUAUUCGUCCUCCCUGCAAGCAGUCAUUGUGGGCGACGGCAUACAGAAGUACACCCUCAUAAAAAUACCGAAACAAGAUGACAUGGUUGGCGAUGUGUACCUUGUCCGCGGGGACCCUAAGGCCGAAUACCAUUACCAAACAGCUUUGGACACACUCAACGCGCUUCAGUCACGCAACAUCAUGUCGGACGUGACGGGAGGUGGUCGCAUGAGUGUACUGCGGGCGGAGAAAAAGGUCGAAAUCUAUGGCUAUUCAUAUCAGUACGGGGCGGCAGAUCAUUCGAUAACGGCGAAGAUGGUCAAGGAGCACUUGGGAGAUGAAUUCCUCGUUUCAUUCGGCAACUACGGCUACUAA